GUGAGCCAGAGCGAGACCGACAAUGCGCGGAAGGUAUGGCAGAUGUUGCUCAGCAAGUCGCACCAUGUCCGCGUCUACAUCGCCUACAGCGAUUUUGAGGCUGUGACCUGUCAGUCCAUGGCGAAGGCCAGGGAAGCCCUGGAUGCUGGCUCUCGCCACUUCAAGGUAGAGAGCCGCAGCGAGGAGCGGGCCAUGCUACUGGAGCACCUGCUGAAGCUCGAGAAAGAGCACGGCGACGAGGAGUCGGUGCAG